UCUAACAGUAAAUCCACCAGCACUUGUUUUACACCAGCCAAUACCACUAAUGCAUGAGCUAGCAAAUGAAAACCCAAAGCAUUCGAGUAACAAUGAGAAUCUUCAUCAUCUUCUUAUGCACUUAUGCAAAAGAGGUUGCAUCCAAGACUGAAGAACUUGGUCCAGCAAAGAUCUAUGGCCCUACGUCUCAAUGUAAAGCAGGCAGUGACAUCUCAUUAACCUGCAGCACAUUUGGGUUCAAGAAAACUUCAGAAGGGGUAUAUGUUUAUUUAUUUAAAGACGGCAUUGAAAUUGAUAAGAAGAAACAGAAUAACGUACAUGAAACUGUAUUUAUUUUGACUAGAGUCAGUACCAAUCAGAAUGGCAAAUACAGUUGUAUGUUUUCCACAAAUACAUCUAUAUCCUCUGAAAUAAAAACGGAAGGGGACAAUUCAAUAGACAUCAAGGUGAUAGAGACUUUGAUCCCUGCUGAACUCGUAACAGGUCCAUCCAUUGUGAGAGAGGGAGAUGAUGUGGAAUUUACCUGUCAAAUUUUAGACCCUCAAAAAGUAGCAAACAGCAGUUUUGUUCAUUGUUACCUCAUCAAGAACAGGGCUAUCGUUCUGGUGCAGGUGUUUGACAUUCAAAAGAUGAAGGCCAUUUUCACCAUUAAAGCUCUGAGUAACGCAGCCAGUGGCAACUACAGCUGUGUGCUCCUCUUAUUGGACUCUCUGACAAAAAAAGACGCAGAGCUACAUGGAAGCACUGCUGUGUCUCUUCAGGUGAAGGAGAGAGUGGUAUGGAAGGGACUUGUCAUGGGCACUCUGUGUACCAUUGGUGUAAUCCUACUGAUAAUAUUGGUCUUCUGUCUGUACCUACACAUCACAAAACAAGGGGCUUUACAGUGGUGCAGAGGAGGAACACAAGUGGUGGUGAAUGAAGAUUUGCCAUUCACAGAAGGAGACUAUAAUGAUGUAGCUUUAAACGUGGAAGAGGAGCAAUGUUCUCAUCCGGUCACUUCGGAUGAAUUUUAUGACUGUGAGCGUAUAGAAGACAAUCGUGUCUACCAUGAAGUCUGGGAUGCAAUAUAUGAGGAAGAGCCUGCGAUUCAAACAAUGCCUUGCAUAGAUGCGUAUGCAAUGCCAAAACGUUCUCUGGCAGCACAACACAUACUGUUGUGUUUCCAAUAACUGUCACAAGGGGUCUCACUUCUUCUGUCUCUUCUAGUCUAUGCUGUACAUGGAGCUAACACUGUCAAUUCCAAAACUAACCAACCAGGACAGCAAAGCAUUUCAGGGUUUGAUAUCUGAACUAUUCCAAAUAUCAAGCAUUGUUUUUAUACAUGUUUUCCAGAAAUAUUCUCCAUAUUUGACAGAAAAGCUGAAAAUACUGUAUAGAUUUUUUGGAAGGCAAAAGAACAGUGUAUCAGGAGUAACCAUUACUUUGACGUGAAAAAUCACUAGCUUACACUAGAGACUUUGAAAACUGUAACGUCCUCUGAGAUGCAAUUUGUUGUUCAAAUAAACAAAUAAAUAAUGAGUCAGUUCAUGCCAACUACCAAUAAUGGAAUUGGGACGCAAAUUAAGAAGGUGCAUAAGGGAGAAAAUGCAAUUUUAACCAUAAAGAUUCAAAACGAGAAGACUGGCAACUACAGCUGUGUAUACACCUAAGAAAAACUCAAAGUUAGUAGCAUGAUCUCAACUGGAGAACUUGUAGUUAUUCAGGUCUAUGGUGAGACUUGUAUUUUAUGUCUGCCUUCAUUUACUUAAUUUUGAAUACUUAUUAUGUAGUAUCUGUUCUGGACAAGUGGAGGAUCUUCAGCAUUUCAAAGAACCAUGAAGCAAGCAGUGUUGAAACGUUUUCCGGAAGUUGAUAGCAGAAAAAGAAACAAUGCAAGAAGCUAUGUGCAGCAAAGUGUUUUGAAACAAAAUGUAUACCAUUGUGCGGUUUGACAUAUUGUGAUGGUAUUAAGCUUAUACCUUAUAACUUGAACUCACCUUUUUCACCUUCUUGUUUACUGUUUUUAUUUGUUCUACACGAUA